CACCUCAUCACCAAUGAACAGUCACAGUCAUUAGAUCCAUUAGGACUUUUUGCUAAGGAAUUAUCCUCUUCCCAUUUCCUGUCUGAGGUUUAGUUUCACUUUUCCCCGAUCCUUGUGGCGCAGAUUAUUUUCUUCAUGAAGGUGUGGAGUGGAGAGUUUUCUUCUUCAGCUCUUUGGACUGUUUGCAUCAAGAAUGAAGGUAGAAAGUGUGUCUGAGUUGAUGUGGACGUGAAUUGAGCAGCAUGUAUCAGUGUGAGGACAGAGAGGAGGGAGUCCCUCCCUCUAAAACCGCUCUGUGUGGGGAACAUGAGAGCCAGACCAAAGCUCAGAGCCCAGAGCAGCAGCACUCACCAGACUCUGCUGGACCUGGACCUGAACCCAGCUGUGUGUCUAUGAAGAGUGACCACUCCAUUGAACCUCCUCUUCAUUUCAAAAAGUCUGAUGAUGGAAGGAUCCAGCAGCAGAGACCAGACUCUACUGAGCCUAGCUGUUUGUCUCUCCAGAGCAACAAGUCAAAGGAGUGGUUCACUAAUUUUAAUGGACAACAAGCCUUUACUCCAAAGAGAGUGGACCAGGAGAGCUCAGAGGUUCCCAGUGGUCAGUCUGGCCAGCAGCAUCAAACACAGCUGGACUCCAUAUUUAUGCUGCUGGAGGAGAACAUCAUCACUUUUGUGAAGAAUGAGUUGAAGAAGAUGCAGAGGGUUCUGAGUCCAGAUUACCCAGAAUGCUUAGAGAGUCAGAGGGAGGAUGAGGAGGUGUUGGAUGGUGAGGAUGAAGAGCAGAGGAGGAGCAGCAGAGAGGCGUUUCUGAAGAUCACACUGAACUUCCUGAGGAGAAUGAAGGAGGAAGAGCUGGCUGACUGUCUGCAGAUCAGAUCUCCUGCUAUGUGUCAGCAGAACCUCAAAUCAAACCUGAAGAAGAAGUUCCAGUGUGUGUUUGAGGGGAUCGCUAAAUCAGGAAACCCAACCCCUCUGAAUCAGAUCUACACAGAGCUCUACAUCACAGAGGGAGGGACUGGAGAGGUCAAUGAUGAACAUGAAAUCAGACAGAUUGAAACAGCAUCCAGGAAACCAGACAGACCAGAGAGAACAAUCAGACAAGAAGACAUCUUUAAACCCUUACCUGGAAGAGAUGAACCAAUCAGAACAGUGAUGACAAAGGGAGUGGCUGGCAUUGGGAAAACAGUCUUAACACAGAAGUUCACUCUGGACUGGGCUGAAGACAAAGCCAACCAGCACAUACACUUCACAUUUCCAUUCACUUUCAGAGAGCUGAAUGUGCUGAAAGAGAAGAAGUUGAGCUUGGUGGAACUUGUUCAUCACUUCUUUACUGAAACCAAAGAAGCAGGAAUCUGCAGGUUUGAAGAGUUCCAGGUUGUGUUCAUCUUUGACGGUCUGGAUGAGUAUCGACUUCCUCUGGACUUCCACAACACUGAGAUCCUGACUGAUGUUACAGAGUCCACCUCAGUGAAUGUGCUGCUGACAAACCUCAUCAGGGGGAAACUGCUUCCCUCUGCUCGCCUCUGGAUAACCACACGACCUGCAGCAGCCAAUCAGAUCCCUCCUAAGUGUGUUGAUAUGGUGACAGAGGUCAGAGGGUUCACUGACCCACAGAAGGAGGUGUACUUCAGGAAGAGGUUUGUAGAUGAGGAUCAGGCCAGCAAGAUCAUAGACCACAUCGAGACCUCACGAAGCCUCCACAUCAUGUGCCACAUCCCAGUCUUCUGCUGGAUCACUGCUACAGUUCUGGAGGAUGUGUUGAAAACCAGAGAGGGAGGAGAGCUGCCCAAGACCCUGACUGAGUUGUACAUCCACUUUCUGGUGGUUCAGUCCAAACUGAAGAACAUCAAGUAUGAUGGAGGAUCUGAGACAGAUCCACACUGGAGUCCAGAGACCAGGAAGAUGAUUGAGUCUCUUGGAAAACUGGCUUUUGAGCAGCUGCAGACAGGAAACCUGAUCUUCUAUGAAUCAGACCUGACAGAGUGUGGCAUCGAUAUCAGAGCAGCCUCAGUUUACUCUGGAGUGUUAACACAGAUCUUCAUAGAGGAGAGAGGACUGUACCAGGACAAGGUGUUCUGCUUCAUCCAUCUGAGUGUUCAGGAGUUUCUGGCUGCUCUUCAUGUCCAUCUGACCUUCAUCAACUCUGGAGUCAAUCUGCUGUCAGAAAAGAAAUCAACCUCCCAGAAGGCAAACAGAAGAAAAAAUGUAUCUACAGAGACAGAUUUCUACCAGAGUGCUGUGGACAAGGCCUUACAGAGUCCAAAUGGACACCUGGACUUGUUCCUCCGCUUCCUCCUGGGUCUUUCACAGCAGACCAAUCAGACUCUCCUACGAGGCCUGCUGACACAGACAGGAAGUGGCUCAGAGACCAAUCAGGAAACAAUCCAGUACAUCAAGAAGAGGAUUGAAGAGGCUUCCUCUGCAGAGAAAAGCAUCAACCUGUUCCACUGUCUGAAUGAACUGAAUGAUCAUUCUCUAGUGGAGGAGAUCCAACAGUCCCUGAGAUCAGGACGUCUGUCCACAGACAAACUGUCUCCUGCUCAGUGGUCAGCUCUGGUCUUCAUCUUACUGUCAUCAGAGAAAGAUCUGGACGUGUUUGACCUGAAGAAAUACUCUGCUUCAGAGGAGGCUCUUCUGAGGCUGCUGCCAGUGAUCAAAGCCUCUAACAAAGCUCUACUGAGUGGCUGUAACCUCUCAGAGAGAAGCUGUGAAGCUCUGUCCUCAGUUCUCAGCUGCCAGUCCUCUAGUCUGAGAGAUCUGGACCUGGGUAACAACAACCUGCAGGAUUCAGGAGUGAAGCUUCUGUCUGUUGGACUAAAGAGUCCACACUGUGCACUGAAAACUCUCAGUCUGUCAGGCUGUCUGAUCACAGAGGAAGGCUGUGCUUCUCUGGCCUCAGCUCUGAGCUCCAACCCCUCCCAUCUGAGAGUGCUGGACCUGAGCUACAAUCAUCCAGGAGACUCAGGAGUGAAGCGACUGCGUGCUGGACUGGAGGAUCCAGACUGGAGACUGGACACUCUCAGGGUGGAGCCUGCUGGAGUCCGAUGGUUGAGUCCAGGUCUGAGGAAGUAUUCCUGUCAACUCACAAUCGACACAAACACAGUAAACACAAAAAUCAAACUGUCUGACAACAACAGGAAGAUGACACGUGUGGAGGAGGAUCAGUCAUAUCCUGAUCAUCCAGACAGAUUUGAUCAGUGUCCUCUGCUGCUGUGUAGAACUGAUCUGACUGGUUGCUGUUACUGGGAGGUUGAGUGGAAAGGAGAGGUUUAUGUCUCAGUGAGUUACAGAGGAAUCAGAAGGAAAGGAAACAGUAAAGACUGUUGGUUUGGACUGAACAAUCAGUCCUGGAAUCUGUUCUGCUCUGAUGUUUAUGGUUAUGCCGUCUGUCACAAUAACAGAGAAACUUAUAUCUCCUCCUCCUCUGUCUCUGACAGAGUAGCAGUGUAUGUAGACUAUCCUGCUGGCUCUGUGUCCUUCUACAGAGUCUCCUCUGACUCACUGAUCCACCUCUACACCUUCAACACCACAUUCACUGAACCUCUUUAUCCUGGGUUUGCAGUCUGGCCGUCUGGUUCCUCACUGUCUCUGUGUUCAGUGUAGCAGAAGUUUUCUCUGUGAAAGUUCAUGUCUCUUCCAUUCACACACAUGAAACAGGGAAAGAAGAGAAACAUGACCAUAAAUGAGGAAAAAAUGCAGAAGGGACUCACAAUAAGCUGUAGUAAAGAAAUUAUAUAGUGUUUGUAAAACAAAUCUGUCCGUUGGAAUGGUCAGCAAAUUUCAAUGUCACAGAUUUUCUAAUGAUAAAACUUAUUAUGUAUACACAAUAUUCAGUGUGCUGCUUUAAUUGAGGAUAUUCUGAGUAAACUUUUUAUUAUUAUUCCGUUAAAACAUACAUACAAACAUACAAUGUCUUAUAAAGCAUCAAUUGAUUCAUUGAUAUCAGUUAAUCAUAUAGUCCCGGAAUAUUUUUUAUUGUCAUUUUUACUUUCAAGUGGUUUCCUGAAUGCCGAUUAAGUAUUAAAAUGUUUUUGAUUUGCUAAUGAUUUAUGAGUGCAUUUAAAAUAAAAUACACCAUCACUGUA